AUGCCUGCGGACUACGAGUCCACGGCACGGGCGUUGGCGCUGUCGACCUCCCCGCCAGAGCCGCUAGCAGAUUCCCACGACGACGAGGAGCAGCCCAUAUGGAGUCGGUCGGGGAGGCGCGACUCGUCGGCGCGCUGGUCGACCGAGCAGGCAACCAGUUUCCGCGACCGGAUGAUUGAGAAGGCCAAGAAGCUGUAUCGGAUGGCCAACGACCGGUAUGAGCAGAUGACACUAUGGCAGAAGAUUGGAUUCUAUGCGGCGUCCCUCGGCGCAGCGGUGUUGGGCAUUGGGCUCAUGGUCUUGACGGGCAAGGUGUUCAUUUGGUUGGGCCCAGUCGCGGAGAAGUGGGAGAAGUCCUGGCUGGUGGCCUUUGUUCUAUGGAUAUCUAUCUUUUUCAUCUCAUUCCCGCCGUUGGUGGGCUGGUCGACCUUGGGAACGAUGGCCGGAUUUAUCUUUGGCUGGUGGAAAGGAUGGAUUAUAUACAGCACUGCGACCGUCGUCGGAUCUACAGCCUCAUUCUAUGUUUCGCGCACCGUGCUCUCCAAAUUCGUCAAUCGCCUGAUGGAACGUGACAAGCGGUUUGCGGCGCUGUCGCUAACGCUUAAAUACGAUGGGCUGAAGCUCCUCUGCAUGAUUCGCCUGUGCCCAUUGCCGUAUUCGAUUUGCAACGGUGCAGUAUCUACGUUCCCGACGGUACAACCCUUGACGUAUGGGUUGGCUACUGCGAUUAUCUCCCCAAAAUUGUUGGUUCCUGCAUUCAUUGGAAGUCGCGUACGCUUGCUCUCCGAGAAAGGCGAGGAGAUGAGUGCAGGCUCCAAGGCCAUCAACAUUAUCAGUAUUAUCGUGACGGUCUGUAUUGGAAUUUUCACGGGUUAUUACAUCUACAAUAGAACUUUGGCUCGUGCGAAAGAACUUGAGGCCAAGGAACGCGCCGAAAUCCGGCAAUCUCUCCAGGCUGACCAUGCCGCCCAUCGGCCUCACCGCAGAUUUUCUGACGAUGACGAUGUAAAUGCGGCGGCCACUAUGCUCGCUCGGGAUGAAGAGGAGCGCAUCGGCUUCGACGAUCUGGAUGAUGACAAUGUCGAUCUGGACCUGGACGAUGAUAGCGACAAUGAUCCCGCGGGUCGAUGGAACAAGAAGACGGGCCGACGGUCAUAUCAUGAUGACUUUACGGAUAAUGAUUCGGAUGACUUCCCCAAUGAAGGGCACGAGGCCUAUGGGCUACAUAGCCAUGUCCAACAUGAGACGUGA